UUUUUCCAUGAAAAUAAGAAGAAAUGAGGGGUGAUCUCUUGGAGGUCAUGGAAAUCUUGGCAUCAUCUUCUUCUAUUUAAAAUCAAUAUAUCAGUACUUUAUAAUUUAUAUUAGACCCCACUCUCUCUCUCUUUCUAGUCUCUUUACUUUUGGGAUUCCUCUCAAUCUCCAACCCCUCAACCUCCAUCAUCAUCAUCUUCUUCAUCUUCAUCUUCCCAGAAAUAGUAACAGUUCUUGAAUCUUGCUCAAGAGAAAAGAUUCUGCAGCUCCAACUCUUUGUGUGUAAAUGGGUCUAUCUCCAUAUUCUUCCCCGGCCGAUGCCGGAGUUCUGUGCGUGAUUCUGGUGAACACCGCCAUAUCCAUCUCCAUGGUCAAGGACAUAGUCCGGUCAAUCCUCAAAGUCAUCGGCAUCCGAGUUGCCGCAUUCGGGGAAGAAGAGUAUUCUGCCACCACGUCAGCAUUAUCUGACGUUCGUGGAACCCCGUCAGAGUCCUACAUGGAGGAGCUCCGCCACCAAACUCCGGCGAUCCGGUACGAUGCCAUGUGUGCCGCCACCGGCAAGCCACACCAUCAUCAACAAGAAUGUUCCGUUUGCCUCACGGAAUUUGCACCUGACGCCGUGAUAAACCGCCUCCCUUGUGGCCACGUCUUCCACACCGCGUGCGUCGAGAAGUGGUUCCAGUACUGGAAUUUCACUUGCCCUCUUUGCAGGAAUCGCAUGAUUCUCUCCCCGUGAAACACCGCCUGUGUCAACCCUGGUGUCAUAUAUAGUGUGACUAUGUUUGCGUGUAUGUGCUAAGCUUGGGGUUAUGGGUAACCCCAAAAUGUUGGGAUUACCCGAGUUUUAUUAUAGACAUCUGCAAUGGUUGUCGUCGUAACUCUCAUAUGCAAUGGUUGCGUCCUUUCUGAGUGACGGGUCACGCGUGACCGAUAUGACAUUGCUUAUGUACAUACACUCUUCUUAUUGUUGUAACAAAGUGUUAUGAGCAAGAAAAUGUUGAAGAUAUG